AUGUGCAAACCAAGAACCAAAUGUAGGGGGGAGAUAGCGGGAGGAAAGAGCAAUCCGAGCCCACACAGCAGCAAGAUCCGAAUUCUGGCCACCGCCGGCGGCAGCUCCCUCCUCCUUUGCAUCAUCGCCGCCGCCGCAGCUGUCAGGAGGACGCGCGGGCAGUCUGCGCGCGGGCGGCGGCGGACGCGGGGCGAGCCCCGGGGCGCCCGGACCCGGGCCGGGGCCGGGGCUGGCGGCGGUCGCAGCGAGGCGGGGGCCAGUGCAGACCGACGGCAGCGACGGGGCGGGCGGGCGGGCGGCGGCGGCGGCGGCGGCUGGGGCUCGCUCAGUCCCCAGUUUCGUACACCACGAGCAGCAGGUCGGAGCAGCCUCUCCGGGAGGAUGUCCAGCGGCAGCCCUCCUCUCUCCAGCCCUUGGGGAUCUUCCGUUGAGGCAUUGAAGACAGGAGGAAGGGGUCCGUCAUCGGCUCGCCGGGCUCCGCGCCACCUCUGCGAUCUUGCGGAAAGAGGAGCGGCUCCUACACACAGUUUCCUCGGGGUCCCAAGGCCUCUGACUUCUAGAAGCUCAGUCCCAAAGACAGCACCAUCUGUUUCAGCCUUUUCUCACAGCAGCACCUUCUCCCUUCGAAGUACUAAUUCUGUGCUGUGUAACAAACUGCCCCAAGGCUUCAUUUGAAAACAAACUCUCAGGAAGAGUGUGGAAGGGUGGCUUGGUGCUGCUCCAUGAAGUUGGUAUCAGCCAAAGUAGCCAGAACUGAGGCUCAACUUCCAGAAAACUUCCUUUCUUGCAAUUCCAAUCCCUUGACACUCUUCUCUCUCCCUCUCCUCAGUGAUGUGUCCUCCGGUGUUUCCACAUGGCUGGGGCUUCUCACACUGGUACUCUCAAGACUACCUGUGUGUCUCACAAUGCUUUCUGACUCAACAGGGAAUGCAAACUGCAGGCCUGGUGGAAAUGGACGCCUCGAGUGGCACAUUAUCAUUUCUGUCAUCUUCUGUUGGUCAAAGGAAUACAAAAUACAGGGUCCACUCAGUUUCCAGGAGAUAGAAAAUUAGGAUCCACCUGACAGCAGGGGAAUGACAUAUAGCAUUGCAGAAGAACAUGUGACAUUAUAGAUAUGAUGACAACCAUCUUUGGAAAUAUAAUCUGCUGUACCUACCCCAUUGCCAUCCUCGGGCUAGAAUGCAUCUGGGUGAGCAAUAAAUAUCCAGGGAGACCAGGAGUGUAGCUAUAGUGGGGAGCCAUUGAAAUAGUGAAGUUACCAGCAUCCUUUCACUUAAUCCAUAUCCACUCCUUCUCGGAUCAAGCAUUUACUAAAGGUGUUGGAGGCCCUGGAACAAGAGUAGUACCUGGGGCAGCAUUAUUAUGAGGUGCACAAAGGAUGGGGAAAUCAAAAUGAAAACACUAGAGCUUUCCUAUCCUGAGACAUACUCCAAACUGAGGUGGAGAAGAACAAACUAGGGCUUGAAUUGUUGUUUUUCCUUUACAUAAGCAUCCUAUCAAGACAGCUGCUAGUCCCAAGAGAAUAACAGAUGACUUUGUACAAGCAGUCUGAAAGGAGGACAAGGCAUAAUACCUAUAUAAGCAUAAGAAAAAAAUACUAUAAAAGAAGGCUAUUGAAAACUUUAAGAAGUUACAAAGAUGUAGUAGAGGGUUGUCAUCCAUGGUUACAAUAAUUCCUCCCUCUCUCUCUGCACAGUAUUUUAUAAUAUGACAUUGAUGCUUCCCCCAUAAAGAUGCUGGAGUUUGCUUCUCCAACACCUAAUCUCAGUGACUUACUUUGGCCAAUGAAAUAUUAGCACACGUGAUAUAAGUAGAGACUUAGCAAGUGCUUAUAAACUGGACUCAACUUGCUGCUCAUGAGAAGUCUUCCAUCAUCACUGGUGAAAAAUGACAGCCUCUUGAAGGAUGAUACCAUCUGGAACAUAGAUGUGCCAUCCCAGUGAAGGCUUCUAGAGCAACAAACUCCUAGCCAAGUGCCAUCACUGUCUGCAAGACAUCUGCGUGAGAUGAUCUUAUACCAUCCAACACUACUUGAGCCAUUAAUGACUACUAUUGAAUGAAUGACUUCAUAUAAAACCAGCUACAAAGCCACCCAACUGAGCAGAGUACAAACUGCUAACCACAAAAUCAUGAGUUAAUAAAUUGAGUUUUAUUUUAAGCCACUAGGUCUUGAAUUGGUUUAUUUUAGGAAUAGAUCACUGACACAGAAGAAGACAUUGGAAAUUUGGGUCUAUGAAUGACCAUUUUUGAAAUGUUAAAAAACUUAAUGAAUGUAUUGAAAUGGUCAAAGUUGAAUUUCUUUCCCAGAAGACAUCAAGAAAAUAUUAAUGGGAUAGGGGGGAUAU